GAGGCCGUUGUUUUAAGGGAUAUCCUCUUCUUCCCCUACACAACUUCGAGUCAUCAACAAUAGAAAAUAUUUCCUCAUUUUGGAUUCCUUAACUGAAAGCUUAAUGAUAAAAAGUAGUAAAAAACAAUGAAUACGCAGAACAGGUGGUGGAACCUUAGGAAAGCUCAAUUUGCUGUAACUCUAGGGUUUUAAAUACAACGUUAUUGAACCCUGAAAAAAUACUAACAACAUUAGAAAUGGCGAGCGAAAUUAGAGAUGAAGAGGAGAUGAAUAUAAUACAGUCUCAACGUCCGAGUGAUUCAACAUUAAAGAAACUUAGAUCAAGUGCAGAUCCUGUUUUGAUUGUUUGUAAUUGUUUCAGUUUUAUUACAGCUUUAACUGCUAUUCUUUGUAUCUUGGUCAAUGUUCUUUCUGCUAUCACAUCUUUCAAGGAUGGAUCUAUAUUUGAUGGGAUAUUUCGUUGUUAUGCUGUUGGGAUUACUGUUUUUGUUGUACUUGCUGAGACUGAAUGGGGUUGGUUUUUCAAGUACUGGAGAGUAUUGGAGUUUUGGGCUGGUAGAGGAAUGCUACAAAUAUUUGUUGCUGUGAUGACAAGAGCCUUUCCUGAUGUCACUGGGAAGAGGAAAGAAUUAGUACUUCUUCAUGAUAUAUCAAGUUAUCUACUUCUUGCUUGCGGUGCAACCUAUGUUAUCUCGGGUUUACUCUGCAUUGGGUCUUUGAAACGUGAACGCCAACGAAAAGAAACUACAAGAGAACAAGCAAUUAAGGAUUUGGAGGAAAUGGAGCGUCGUAGAGAGGAACUCGAGGCAUUGCUACUUAUGGAUAGCCCAUGAGGCAUUAACUUAUAAAAAUCAAGCAGCUGGAACGUACACUUCGGUUGCUCAAGCUGGUGUUUGCCUGUUCGGGACUUUUUUUGCUCAGUCUUUCGUGCUUAUUAUUGAUUAGGUUGAGGUGGUGUUUUCAACAGUAAGGGAGGAACAGUUUUUCUUCUUUGUAAAUACUUGCUCAUUAUCAACAUAAAUAACAAUCUAUAUGAUCUACGAAUUACAAGUGCUAUUUUAGUUUCGCCAAUUAUAGCAGAAUUAAGAUGUCCUUAAACACCCUUUCUUUCUUUUUUCCACAGGAUGUAUUUUAUAUAUGACCAAGACAAUCUAACACCAACUUACCAA